AUGUCGAACAUAGAUAAAAAUCCUAAAACUGGCAAAAACGUACGCGUUGCUGUCCGAAUAAGACCAAUGAAUGAUAACGAGACUGCCGAGAAGGCUCGUUGUUCACUAGUGGCAAAUGCUCGCAAACGUACAAUUACUGUGAUUGAUCGAGGAAUCAAUAAGGAAUUUGGACCAUUUGAUAAGGUGUACGGAACACAGGCAAAGCAACUUGACAUAUACUUAGAUUUGGUCGAACCACUGGUUAAGAAUGUUCUUGCUGGUUACAACUGUACCUUAUUUGCUUAUGGACAGACAAGCACAGGCAAAACAUUUACAAUGGAAGGUGAGCAAACCAAUUCAGCUUAUGAGCUUUCGUGGAACGAAGAUUCUUCAGUUGGUAUAGUACCACGAGCUUUGCAACAUAUUUUCACUGAAUUGGAAAACCAGGAUGCGGAAGAGUUCUCAGUUCGUGUAUCAUAUGUUGAGUUGUACAACGAAGAAUUGUAUGAUCUGCUUGGGAAUGGUGAGUUGGGUCAUGCAAGAUUGCGCCUCUUCGAAGAUUCUGUUCGAAAGGGCUCGGUAAUCGUUAGUGGCUUGGAAGAAGUUCCGGUGUUUGACCGUCUUGAAGUUCGCGAAUUACUGAAAAGAGGUGCAGAAAAACGACGAACUGCCGCGACUCAAAUGAAUUUGAAUUCAAGCCGUUCUCAUACCGUUUUCACAAUAACAGUUGUAAUUCGAGAAAAUACUGUGAGCGGGGAAGAAGUUAUCAAACAAGGAAAGUUAAGUUUAAUUGAUUUGGCUGGUUCGGAAAAUAUUGGUCGUUCCGGUUCCAUCGACAAAAGGGCUCGAGAAGCAGGAAGCAUCAAUCAGUCGCUGUUAACACUUGGUCGAGUUAUUAUGGCUUUAACUUCGGGAGCAGGCCAUGUUCCAUACAGGGAGAGCAAACUUACGAGAAUUUUGCAAGAUUCAUUGGGUGGGAAGACUAUUACUACUAUUGUAGCAACAUUGUCGCCUGCUUCUACUAACAUUGAAGAAUCGAUUAACACAUUGGAGUAUGCAUCAACUGCAAAGAAUAUUAAAAAUCAACCUGAAAUAAACCAGAAAUUGACGCAUCGUGCUUUGCUUAAGGCGUACAAUGAUGAAAUGAACCGUCUGAUGCGCGAUUUACAAGCUGCACGCGAUAAAACGGGUUUCUUUAUUGAUCGUCAAAAUUAUGAAAACAUGAGUACUCAACUUACUCAACAGAGCCAGCAGAUUGAAGCACUCACUGAUGAAUUGCAGUCAGUUCUUGAACGCAUCCAGUUGCUAAUGCAAGAUGCAGAAUUCUUGGGCCAGCAUUAUGGUCGUCUUUAUGAACGUUAUAAACAUAUGGAACAAAAAUACGAAGAACGUUUCAAUGAAAACGCACAGUUAAGUUUGGAGUUAGCGGACUGCAAGUCGAAUUUGGAGAAUCAUCAGUCUGUUCUGAAGAAGCUACAAGAAUCAGCGAAUCGAAGCCAAGAAGAGAAUAGGCAGCUCCGUCAAAAAUGUUCACAUUUGGAUCGGGAGUUGGGUAGAACGCACGACAAGAUUGAUGUCUUCCGUAAUGCGGCAAAUAAAAAUGAAAAACUGUAUGUUCAAUGUACAAGAGAUAGCGCACAAAGUGCUAACAAGCUGAAAGAAGGUGUUGAAGUUUGGAAUGAUAUGCUACAAUCGGAAAUGAAGAAAAUAAUGGACUGCUGUGAACGAACAAAAUCGAAUGUGGAGAAAGAUAUACUUGCAUUUCGGAACUGUAUAGAAUUGCUUCGUUCGCAUUUGAUAGCUUUCUUUACUGGUUGUGGGGAUAGCACCGAUAACUCAGUUGUCAGUUUUUUAAAAGAAGUCUGCAUGUUCAUCGAUGGUGCUCAGAGUCAUCAUGAAAAAUUAUACGAUCAGCACAACAAAUUUAUUGACUUUGUAAUGAAGCAUGUAGAAGAGUAUGAAUCUUUGGGAAGGAAUUGUUAUGAGGUUUCCACGAAUUACACCGAUUUUACUAUGUCACUGGCAGAAAAAAUAAAGCAUAUGGUUACUGAUGUAUUAGAAACAUACAUUGAAACGACGAGAAAGGAAACACUGCAAAUGAGAGAGAAAUUGAAAUUGUUAAGGACUGAACAACAGUCUGCUUGCGAAAGGCAGAGUGAAUAUGUGAAAGCUGCUGUCGACGAAACAUGUUCCAACAAAAUGGCUUGGGAAUCAUUUAAACUUUGUUUUUCUAAGAAAGUCACUUCUCAAAGAGAUCAUCUCAAUGACACACACAGAUCAAUGGAAACGGUAUGUAGAGAUUUGCAAGAGCAGAGCAAUGUGGUGUCUGCAGAGAUAAACGAAAUAGCAAACUCAAAUACAGAUGUUGCCAUGCAUCAAAUGGAGCUGAGUGGACUGUCGUCAUCAUCAUUGCUUCAAGAAGUAAAUAAAGCACAUUCUCGAAUAGAACAACUUAUUGGAAAGGAUAUUAUUCGUCCAUCCAGCACUGGCGAAACACCUGUCCGUAGGGAGCAGAUAGUACUCCCUGAACCAGUUGAAAUUCCGGAUGCAAAUGAGUUAAUUAACAAAACCAAGGAAAACGAAGUACCACGAAGACUAAGUCAGUACCGGCCGCGUGAUUCGAUUCUUGAAGCGCCAUUUGCCAUUCUCUCACCAGGAGCCCUCAAACAGACAUUAAAAUGCGAUCUGGAUGAAAUUGCUGAAAUACCUGAAAAUGGUAGUGAAUGUGGUGGUAUAGCUGUUAGAAAGCAGGAUGAUUCGGUGGCAAACAUCACGAAAAGACGACGCGCUUUUCAGAAUCGAAAUUCAUGA